AUGCUGCAGCUCACGAGCAGCUUGGUGCGGCGCUCUAUCGAGCAGGAGGAGGCCCAAUGCGCGUACAACCGCCACGUGCUGACCGAGGUGCAGAGCGUGCUGGACGAGAUGGUGUACGACGUGGAGAGCUGCGAGCACGAGUGCGAGCUUGUGAGGCUCAGGCAACAGCUGGCCACGGCGGAGAGCUCGCUGCAGGAGUUUCAGGAGCGCGAGAGCGAGUUGAUACACGAGAGACAGCAGGCGUAUGAGUAUGCCGUGAAGGUGGAGCAGGAGGGGAGGACAAUUAUGGGCAAGCUGAAUGAGCACCUGUCGGUUGUGGUGGCGGAGCUCGCCAAGAAGGAAGUGAUAGAGAAGGAGCUGCACCAAGCGAAAGAGCAGUUGAAGUUGACGGGCCAAUUGUCGAAGGAGCUGGCCAGUGCACAACGUGAGAUCCGGGAGCUGCGGCGAGCAAAUGAUAUCCAGUACAUUCUUAGGAAGAACAGCUCGGUGCCUUCAAAGCUGGCGUCGGAUCCGAGGAUACCGCCACGAGUCAGUCAUGCUCCUGUGCGGGCGAUGUCAGUGCCGGAAGGACUGACGGCAGCAAAGAAGCAGGAGGAGGAGAACGUUUUCUCGCAGCUUCCAGACAAGAUCAUGCUCAAAUUGUUUUCGUUUUUGGAUGAAGACAGCAUGAUCGCGAUGAGCGUCACGAAUAAAGUUCUCGUCAGAAGAGUGAACGUGAUGUUCGGUGUGACGACGCCAAGUACGCUGGCAAAUGCCACUCCCCACGGUGCACCCAAGCAACGGCCGCCGUCGCCUCCUACGCGGAAGCAAUCAAAGUCUCGCGGGCUCAGCUUCAUCGGCUCCUCGGAAAAUAACAAGCUCUCGAAGGUGGAUGCGAUCGUGAAAUCCUUAAAACCUGACCAGAUCAAGCUCUUCCACGACAUGUCAACUAGAGUAAAGACAUUAGAGGCGCAUCUGGCUCAAGUGCAGACCGAAAAGGAAGACGUGGCAGCUCGACUGUACAGUGCCGAGAGCGUGCGCGACUUCCUGAUGGAGAAACUGAAGGACCUGGAAGACACGCUCGCCAACAGCAUGACGACUACUGCGAAGAAGGACGAGCAGGCCGGACUGGACCGCGAGAUCAUCGGCUUCUUGGACGCCAAGACGCAGGAGUACGAAACGGCGCUGCAGGAGUACGCGCACCAGAACAACGGCCUUCGCAUGGAGAUCGCCCAACUUCAAGAAGAGCACGCAUCCAAGACAAGGAUCAUCCAAGACAUGGUGGAGCUGCUGACCGAGGAGAAGAAGGAGCUCGAGCUGCAGAUCCGGUCCCAACGCAAGAUCCUGGUGCGCGAAGUCAAAGCGCUCCGAUCCCAGAACCAGCAGCUCGGCAGCGAGAAGGACCACUACUUCACGCAGCUGCGGCAGCUCAAACACGCGCUGCAACACCUCGACGAGCUCAGUUAA